GUGACGUCAUGUCAUCUGCUGCCGCGUGACGUCAUGUCAUCUGCUGCCGCGUGACGUCACGAGCUAACAGGAAGCUGGAGGUCCGCGCGUGAACUGCAAUCCGAGCCCAUGCCCGCCUGAGCUGCUGUACCGCUCUUGUUUACAGAAGCUACCUGCCCACAACAACAACAAGCUGACGCUUCCUCUGACGCUUCCUCUGCAGAAUUGGUCUGAUGGAGCAAAGGCAGGCAGCGCAGCUCGGUACGGCAAGUCAACAAUGCGACCAGCGUGGAUACAGCACGGAGCGGACUGGAAAUUUGACACAGCACCAGAGAACACACACAGGAGAGAAACCCUUCAAGUGCACUGUGUGUGGGAAGGCCUUUGCAUGGCCAUCAGUUCUUCAGAUCCACCAGAGAACACACACGGGAGAGAAACCCUUCAAGUGCAGUGUGUGUGACGAGGCAUUUGCACGGCCAUCUGCUCUUAAACGACACCAGAGAACACACACGGGAGAGAAACCCUUCAAGUGCAGUGUGUGUGGGGAGGCAUUUUCACAGUCAUAUAAUCUUAAGACACACCAGAGAACACACACGGGAGAGAAACCCUUCAAGUGCAGUGUGUGUGGGAUGGCGUUUGCACUUUCAUCUACUCUUGUAACACACCAGAGAACACACACGGGAGAGAAACCCUUCAAGUGCAGUGUCUGUGGGAAGACGUUUUCAGAUUCAUCUGAUCUUGUAAAACACCAGAGAACACACACGGGAGAGAAACCCUUCAAGUGCAGUGUGUGUGGGAAGGCGUUUGCACUUUCAUCUACUCUUGUAAAACACCAGAGAACUCACACAGGAGAGAAACCCUUCAAGUGCAGUGUGUGUGGGAAGGCGUUUGCACUUUCAUCUACUCUUGUAACACACCAGAGAACACACACAGGAGAGAAACCCUUCAAGUGCAGUGUCUGUGGGAUGGCGUUUGCACUUUCAUCUACUCUUGUAACACACCAGAGAACACACACGGGAGAGAAACCCUUCAAAUGCAGUGUCUGUGGGAAGACGUUUUCAGAUUCAUCUUAUCUUGUAAAACACCAGAGAACCCACACGGGAGAGAAACCCUUCAAGUGCAGUGUCUGUGGGAAGGCGUUUGCACAGUCAUCUGAUCUUGUAAAACACCAGAGAACACACACGGGAGAGAAACCCUUCAGGUGCACUCCGUGCGGGAUGGCGUUUGCACGGUCAGCACAUCUUCAAAACCACCAGAGAACACACAAGCAUCACAAGAUCCACAAGGAGUGGAGUCUGAAAGCUUGUGAAAGUCAAAGUGCCGCAAUGAGCCCAUCCCUCAUCAAACAAGAAUCGGAAGAAAAUCCCAGCUUGGACACUUUUAGAGAAAUCAAGGUGAAAUAUGAAGAGGUGAAGGUGGAAUAUGAAGAAGUGAAAGUAAAAUGUGAAGAUGAAGAUUCAACUCCAAAAUGGGACCUUAGCAUCGAUGGAGGCAACAUGAAGCAGGAGGAGAAUUCUGACUGUGAGGCAGAGUGAGGCAACUCCCAGCAGCAGUUUGUGGAGGUGGAGGUGUGGGUGGACUUCAUCUGAGACAAUACAAAGUCAAAUGAAGACCCGUUAGAUGUGUAAACUUGAGAUGAUGUCGCUCCAAUAGAUGCACCCUUGUCACUGGCCUUUAAUGACAAGAAUGUGAAGUUGAACACCCAAUUCCUAAGUUCAACCUGCAGGGUAAGCGGCCAGUCUUUGUGGACCUGUCUGUUGGGUAGAUCUCUAACCAGGAGCGAGAGCCAAUAAGCUCCCAAGCAUUCACUCUGUUCUCAUCAAUUCCAUUUAUAUGGUGCUUGCUUAAUCGCCUCUGGCAACUCGGAGUUUUGCAUCGUAUCUCGUCUCAAACACUCGAAACAUCCCCAAGUGGCAGCUGCCCCUGUGUGGCACAAGGUGGUGGCCCUGCACCGGCCUGCAUGUGGACAAGAGCCUGUCAGUAGGGGGCGAUGGUUGAUGUGGCAUCUCAGUUGUGGAGUUUGUAGGUAAUGUUUAGAAUUUGCUACAUUUUGACCCAGAUGUCAGCAUGCAAUGGCCGACUCGUUUUGAAUGGUGCAUUAGUAUGUUGUACAUACACUGUUAAGCAGACGGUGCGUAUUUUUUAAAUCCUUUAUAUUAAGUUCGCGUGCUUGCUUGCUUGCUUGCGUGCUUGCUUGCUUGCUUAGGACCGUGCAAAUCUUUCGGUCGUUUUUUAACCCACUUCCUGUGAUCCAAUCGAGCUGACAUUUUCCACACAGACUCGUCGUGAAAAAAAAUUCCCAAAAUUUUACACUUUUUAGGUAAAAAAUUAUUUUGCAUAUAUUCAAAUAGAACGCAUUCAUGGCUUUGGCUGAACGUCAGAGUGUAAGAGCCCAGAGCGUAACCCCUCCACAGGCCGUGGCGGAGUAGCGCAGUUGGUAGCGCCCUCGCUUCCCAUGCCAAAGGUCGCGGGAUCGAUCCCCGCAUCCUCCACAGGCGAAUAUAUUUUUUAAUCCUUUAUAUUAAGUUUGCUUGCUUGCUUAGGACCGUGCAAAUAUUUCGCUCGUUUUUAACCCACUUCCCGAGAUCCAAUCGAGCUGACAUUUUCCACACAGACUCGUUGUGUGACAAUUUUCGUGAAAAAAAAAAAUCCAAAAUUUUACACUGUUUAGGGAAAACAAAUUAAAUAUUUAAUUACCAAUUGCUUAAUGGUGGCAGACAAUCAUCUGACCCAUAGGUGGCAGCCAUCUCAAGCCAGAGGACGAGAGGACUCUAGCCGCCACGCAUAUAAAGGAUUUAGAGUGAAAAACUUUGUUUUUACGGGUUUACUUGUUUAAAUUAGCUUCUUGUUAAUAGGAUGUAAACUAAUAAAGCAUAUUUCAGUGCAGUCAUUCAAUUUUGUUCAUAUGCCUGUCAAUAAUUUAGACUGAAUACUUGUCUGAUGGUGUGCGUACAUGUAACAUUUUGUCUAUAAGGGUCAAACAUUGAAUAAGUGAUGUUAGGACACAGUGUGUGUUUUGCAAGUAACCUGUACAGAUAACUCAGGUGAGACUCAUUGUGCUUGUGAUGCAGGUCAAAGGGUAUUUUUGUGUUUUCAGGAAGCGUCUCCCUCUGGAGCAGCAACUCAUUGUCUUUGAAAUAGCGAGCACGCUCGGAUCAUUCAUCAGUUACAAGGCAUACCACUUAAAAGUUACACGUAGAGGAGAUACAUUCUCUACAACACGAAUUAUAAUUUUGUAUUACGUGUUGACGUACAUUUUGUCGAAUUAGGACAAGAAAUGCUCCUUGCUGAUUGGAAAGUUACAAAAAGAAUUGCACACGAGCAACGCAUCCACACAAGCUCCCGAUGCUCCGUUUUGAAGUUUUAAAAUGAAACAACUUUGAAUUGUAUUAUGUUUUGAAUUUAAUAAUUGUAUUUCUUCAUUAAAAGCUUGUUAUUUUACAUCUGGAAGACUUCAUUGAAAACGACAUUUCGUGUGAAUUUU